AUGUCAAUUGAACAACUAUCUAUUGGUAAUGAAUUAAAAGAUUCUUAUAAGGCUACUUCUACAUGGAUUAAUAAUGGAAUAAAUUUUCUAUCCGACAUAGAUCAAUUUUAUAGAGAAAGAGCUUUGAUUGAAAAAGAAUAUUCAACUAAAUUAAAAGCACUUGUGAAAAAUUAUUAUGAAAAGAAGGCCAAAGUUUCAUCAAAUUUAUCCGUAGGAGAUGAACCACAAAUUACCCCUGGAUCCUUAGAAAGUGCUUCGUUGGUUCUAUGGACAGAUGUAUUGACUCAAACUGAAGCAAUUGCGGAAGAGAAAUCUAAUUUUAGUCAUGAAUUAACCAUGAAAAUAGGAGAUAACUUAGUAAGUUUAAGAUCCAAAUGUGAAAGGAUUGAAAAACAAAUUUCAUCCAUAAAUGAUUAUUUGGUUAGUGAAAAAAAGGGAACUGAAGAAGAAGUAAAUAAAGCCAAAAAAAAUUAUGACGCAUUAUGUCAAACAACAGAAUCUGCAAGAGAUAAAAAUCAAAAAUCACCAAGUGAUAAACAUCAAAGAAGACUCGAGGAAAAAGAAAUUGAAAUGAAUAAUGGAAAAAAUGCAUAUUUAAUUAAAAUAAACAUUGCGAAUCGAUUAAAAGAUAAGUAUUAUUAUCAAGAUAUUCCUGAAAUUUUAGAUUAUUUACAAGAAUUAAAUGAAGAUAGAGUAUCAUUAUUGAAUAAAUUAUUAAGAAAUGCAAAUAUAAUAGAAAGGAAUCUGCUAGAUCGUAUAAAAGAAAAACUUCAUACAAUUGAUAAAACAAUUGAUCAAAAUAAUCCAAAAUUAGAUGUUGCAAUGUUUAUAAAGCACAAUUCAAUAAAUUGGGCAGAACCUCAAGAUUUUUAUUUUAUACCUUGUUCAUUUUGGCAUGAUGAUGAAAGUCUAAUAAUAAAAGAACCAGAACUCACUGAAUUAAAGAGAAGACUAAAUGUUGCAUCCAGGGAAUAUAAUAAUUUUGAAAGAUCAUGUCUUGAUAUAAAACAACUGUUGGAAGAAAGUACAACUAAAAGAAAACAAACAGAUGAAUCAAUAACUUUAAAAUUUGAUGCUGAAUUACAAAGUUCAUUAAGUUUGUUAAAUAAAUUCAUGAAAGAAGAUACAAGUAGAGUUAAAAAUGAAGUUGAAAUUGAAAUUAUACAAAAUUUUGCAGGUGAUAAAGAUUUAAGUUAUACUGCACCAAUAAAAGAGAAAAAAUCAAGAUUCGGGUUUUUGAAAAAAAAAUCAACUCAUAAUGGAGAAGUAACAAAUAAUACUCAUGACGAUAAUUACUCACUACAUACGGUUAAAACAAAUACUUCUGGACACAGUGGAUUGUUUAACCUAAGAAGAAAUAAAACUACAGCUUCAACAUUUAGUGCUGAAACUGUUAAUACCAGCAACGGGAGUUCGACAGCUAAAGCAUUAUAUGCUUAUCAGCCCACUAGUGCUGAUGAAACUGGUAUGACAUCUGGUGAAGAAGUAAGAGUAAUAGAACUAGAUGAUGGAUCAGGUUGGACAUUAGUCAAAAGUGUACAAGGUCAAGGUCUAGUACCAACAUCAUAUAUUGAAAUCUCUCAUGCUCCAACAACUUCAACUACAACAACCCCCAAAAAACAAGCUCCACCAACAGUUGCACCAAAAAGAGGAGCUCGAAGAGUUCAAUAUUUGGAAGCACUUUAUGAUUAUCAAGCUGAUGGAGAAGAUGAACUAAGUAUACAUGCUGGUGAUAGAAUUAUCUUGGUGCAAGAUGAUACUGAAGGUAAUGGGUGGACUGAAGGUGAAUUAAAUGGUGAAAAAGGUAUGUUUCCAACUAGUUAUGUUAAAAGGAUUUAA